AUGAGCGAAACUCGCGCCCGACCUAAAGUUUCCAAUCCCGGUAAAAAUGUCGUCCGGGAGUCGCUCGAAGGCUUAGUAGCCCUCAAUCCAGGACUCCGCAUCCUCGAAAAUGAGAAUUCUAUAUUCCGACACGACUUCCGGCAGCAUGUGGCCGCGGGCAAGGUCUGCGUCGUCUCAGGUGGGGGCUCGGGUCACGAACCAACAUUCGGCGGCUUUGUCGGCAAUGGCAUGCUGACAGCCGCAAUCGCGGGCCAGGUGUUCACAUCCCCGCCUCCAGGACAAAUACUGAACACCCUGCGAAAGUUGGCCUCGGCAGCUCCCCAAGGAGCUAGACAUGGUAAAGGUCGCCUAAUGCAUUGGGAAUUCCGGUCUUCGACUUGAACAUCAAUGGUCGCACCGAUUCUAAGCCCGAACGCCGUCUGCAAAUUCCGUUUCUUUUUCGCAGGCGGGAUCUUAGCGCUUGUUUUCAACUACACCGGCGACAGGUUGAAUUUCGGGCUCGCGAUCGAGAGAUUCCGCUCCGAAUUCGGCGAAGAACGUCCGAUCCACAUGGUCAUCAUCGCCGAUGACGUUGCCACCGGUAGGAAGCGUGCAGGUCGUCGAGGUUUGAGCGGCGGGGCCCUAGUGCUGAAGAUUGCCGGUGCCAUGGCCGAGGCGGGGAAGAGCUUGCAGGAGAUUCAAACCGCUCUGGAACAUUUCAAUAGCACAACCCUCGCAAGCAUAGGUGUUUCGCUGGGAUCCAUCGCUCUACCGGAAUCACAUAGCUUCUUAUUCGACCUACCGGUGGGACAGAUGGAAUUCGGCCUCGGCGUCCAUGGCGAGGCCGGAAUCAGACGGGUGGACGUGGCAAGCUGUGACACAAUCAUAUCCUCGAUGGGAUCCAUGCUUCUGGAGUCCAUCCAUUUUGGAGAAGCCGAAAAAGCUGUUGUGAUGGUGAAUAACCUUGGUGCUAUGACGCAACUCGAAAUGGGUAUCGUUUGCAAGAACGUAGUGAGCUUUUUCGAUUCCCGAGGGGUAGACGUUAUCCGACUUUACUGCGGACCUUUCAUGACCUCCCUUGAUAUGGCGGGUUUCUCUUUAUCGUUGUUGAAGCCUGCCACGGACUCGCUCUCUUGGCUGGAUGAACCCACGAGCGCUCCAUACUGGUUUCAACCCUACACAACGAAAAACUGCAAAGAUCGUUUGGACUCGCCGUGUUUACCUCCGGUUUCAAACGAGCAUCACAAGAGACGCCAGGGACCAUCAUGCAACGACUUCGAAGCCAUCCGCAUUUUGAAACUCGCACAAUCUGCUGUGAAUGCAAUUAUCGCCGCCAAGGAUUCAUUGAAUGAUCUCGACUCCGGUUGCGGAGACGGUGACUGCGGUUCCUGUCUCUCUGGUGGCGCAAGAGUGAUCGCGGAUAUCCUCGACAACAACACUGAGUUAUUCAGGCAACCGGCCGAGGCCUUUAUGCAAUUCGCGUCUGUUGCCGAGAAUAUUAUGGGCGGCACCAGCGGUGCUGUCUACUCCCUCAUGUUCCAUGGUAUCGCAUCGAGAAUUCGCGCUAGCGGCUGCGGGGAGCUCAGCAUUUCGCAAUCACUCGUGACAGAAUCUUUACGUGCCGCUACGAAGAAAAUCAUGGAAUACGGAGGAGCGGCGAAGGGUGAUCGAACAAUGGUGGACGUCUUGCUGGCUGUUGUCAAUAGCCUCGAAUCGGGACAGAGCUGCGUGGAAAUUCUAACAGCUGCAGAUGAAGCGGCCAUCGAAACUGCCAAGAUGAGUGCCAACGCUGGAAGGGCGAGCUACGUGAGCGAUGCUCUAACCGCUGACAGAGAGGAUGCUGGAGCUCGCGCGGUCGCUCUCUGGGUCGGAGCCAUAUGCAAAGACGCUUGCGUCUAUAAUGAGACAAGGGUUUGAGAGAUACACGACUCGACCAGCA